AUGGAUUACGAGGAAAUUUUGUUCGGUUUGCAACCGAUUCUUAACGCGUCUUCGAUAAAGGAUGUUCCGAUGAAUGAUGUUUACCUGGAGAGUCUCCUAAUCGUUAUGGACCAAUUGGCUGUCUCGUUGAGAGAGCCAAAUAAUAGAGACGUUGUCGGUAAAACUGGGCUACUGCUGAAUCUGAUACGGGUAUUAGAGCAAGCACUUGAUUGCUGCUUUCACGACACAAAUGUCUCAAGUAAUGCUAAGGUAGCAUUUUACAAGGUCAUUUCCGAAUUGAUUAGAUGUGUUGCUAAUGCGAUAAGUGACAACGACAAUAACCGAGAAAUUGUCUCUUCUGCGGGAGAAAGAAAGGUUUUAACUUACUAUAUGGGUGAGAUUCUAAAAUUGAAUCAAAUUUUCUCUGGUGAUGCCGAGGAUAGCUUAUUAGAUGAAUUACAAAUGAGGUCCAUUGUGCUACUAAGAAACUUUUGCAUUGGAAAUUUCAAAUAUUUGGAGAUGCUGGCUCCCUUUAUUCGAGGCCCAUUAUUUAUUAUGCUGAAGACUACACAGCAUACCUUUCUGGCAUCUUUGGAUCAAGUUAUCUUGGGAUCAGAUUUACUAAAUGAUGUAUUAGAAGUUUACUACAGAAGUGUUCAAGUCAGCGAUCUAUUGUUUUUAAGCCAAUAUAUAAAGAAAAUCUCUUCCAAUGUACAAGAUAAGGAAUUACCACCAAUCGAAGAUGGGACACAUGAAGUUCAAAAAUUUACUAAUCAAGGAAAUCAUGUCGAGUUGGAGGAAGAGGAAGAAGACAUCAACCUCGAAUUGCUAUCAAAUUUAUCGACCUGUCUGGAAACCAUUGUAGUGAAAGAUGAAAAGAUAAACUUUACAAGCGAGAAGCGGAUUGUAAUGGACAUGCAAAGAAAUCUGCUAACUUCGUUGAACUACUUAGCACCAAAAACUUUCAAUAAUAAGUUGAUUGUCAUGAGAAGGCUUGUAUCCUGUGCCGCAAACAUAUCUGCUAAUUUAACUAAUUCAAACAAAGAAGAGCAGCCAUUAUGCAUCGAAAUCAUCAAGAGCUCUACAAAUGGUUAUGCCCUGGCUGCAGCUCUAAUUAUUCUAAGUAAUUCAGUUGGGUCCAAAGCUGACGCUGUCGCAUUAUCGGAGAUCCUUCCUCUUAGUGAAUUGAUUCAAGUCGGCAGCACAUUCAGGGACCCAAUGCAAUACCAAGGUCUUUUAGAUUUACUAAGAAAGCUGCUAAAUUUAGAAAAUGCUAUGUGCUUAGAUGCCAAGAUUCUUUUCAUCUUGUUUCAAACAAUGAAAAACUGCCAUGAACAGGCUAAAUAUUUCAAAAAUCUGACGCCGCUACUAACAAAUUUGCUAAACAAAGUUUUGGCAGUAUUACCAAGUUCAAAGCUGCAAAGUUUAAUAAGCAACCAUCCCACAAUCACAAACCUUGUAGCGGAACACGGAACAUUGACAUCCUGCAUUGCGAUGGAUAAACUACUAGUAGCCAAAAAAAUCACUCCCUUGGAGACCUUCAUGCCGUUAUGGAACUCAAUCUUCAAAUUCCAAAACCUAGGUCAACCGAAACAGCUGCCGGUCUCAGAUUUAUUUCACAUUACAAAAACAAUUGGGAUUUAUUUGAAAGAUUCAAGUAUGGCAACCGACGUCAACCCCGUCGAAAAUAUACUGUUUAAAAACUACGCCCAAAAAUUAAUUCUGAUAAUGGAAACCAUUCGUUCAUUUAGUGAAAACAAAGACAAGGGUAGUGCAAGCUGUUUCAACAACGGGAAAUUUAUAGCAGGUAUGGUACUAAAUAUAACGGAAGGCAUCGAAUACUUGACACCGGAAGAGAACGAACUAAAAACGCUCGCCAAGUCGUUCUUUUAA